UGGUCUGACCCAGUGAGUGUGUGUGGAUGUGUUUGAGUGGGUGUGUGUGCCGAAAGCAGCUGGAGGAGCUGAAUUCAUCCGUUUCUCUGCUUUGGAAUUAAUUAAAAACUUCAAGAUUCGGAUUUUCUCAUGCAACAGCAAUGCCCUGUGUACAAACCCAGCUUGCAUCUCUGCCCCACGACAACUACUUCAGCUCUGAGCUCUUGAAUCCAGACCUCAGUGCCACACUGGUGAUGGAAAUCACUGGCCAGAAGGACCAGUUUUCCACAUCGUCCCUGCCCAGCAUCAACACCCUUGUUGGAAAUGGUUACACCAGGGAGUUUGAUGCUUACACCUGCAAGAUCACCACCUCCCCUCCCACCUCUGCUGUGUCUUUCAGCCACGCUGCAGCAGCUGAGAGCUCCAGCACACAGAUGCAGAACCAAGCCUUCAAGCUGGACGACCUCCAGGUGUACGGCUGCUACCCAGGAUCUUUCGCUCUCAGCUGUCUAGAAGAAACACUCUCGUCAUGUGGCUCUGACUACUAUGGAAGCCCCAUCUAUGGAACUGCUUCUCCUCCAACGUCAGGCUUUCAAACAGAGUCUGCACCUGUCUGGGAUUCCCCUUUCAGCCCCUUUCCCCCGGCCCUCCAGACCUCUGUGGAUAAGAACAGCAUGGCUCAGCAGCAACUCUCAUUUUUUACAGUCAACCCUGCACAGGAUCAAUAUUCUCCUUUGGGACAGCACCAGGAUGCCCCCAGUGGACAAGAUGAUCCGUUCUUCCUGUCAUCUCAGCAGCAUUUACCCCCAGUUCAUUGCCCCUCCAUGUCUAUGGAACAGGGACCACAGGAAAGCCCCAGAAUAUUAGAAGGGGCCAUGAUGUCUCCUAAAAGCACAGGCUUAGGAUCCAGCGAGGGUCGCUGUGCAGUUUGUGGUGAUAACGCAUCCUGUCAGCACUAUGGAGUCCGCACUUGUGAGGGAUGCAAAGGAUUCUUCAAGCGAACUGUCCAGAAAAAUGCAAAGUACGUGUGCCUUACCAAUAAAGACUGCCCAGUGGACAAGAGGAGGAGAAACCGAUGCCAGUUCUGUCGUUUCCAGAAAUGUCUUGCUGUGGGAAUGGUCAAAGAAGUUGUUCGUACAGACAGCCUGAAAGGUCGCAGAGGUCGCCUGCCCUCCAAACCCAAAACUGUGACCGAGGCUUCCUCCACCACUCCCAGUGUGAACGUCAUAGCUUCUCUUGUCAAGGCUCACUUAGACUCCGAGCCAAGCAACGAGAAGCUCGACUUCUCCAAGUUCCAGGAGAAAAUUAAUCAUUUGAAAGAAAAAGAGGAUGCCGGUGAUAUCCAGCAGUUCUACGAGCUGCUGACCGGUGCCUUGGACAUAAUAUGGAGCUGGGCUCAAGCUAUCCCAGGAUUCACAGAUUUCUGCAUGGAGGACCAGGAGCUGCUCCUUGAGUCUGCUUUUGUGGAGCUCUUCAUCCUUCGCCUGGCCUACAGGUCAAAACCAGAGGAGGACAAGCUGAUCUUCUGCAAUGGCGCCGUCCUGCACAGAAAGCAGUGUGUCCACAGCUUUGGUGGCUGGAUCGACUCCAUCAUGGAGUUUUCUUCUAGUCUUCAUCGCAUGAACUUGGACGUCUCCCUGUUUGCGUGUCUUUCAGCACUUGUCAUCAUCACCGACCGCCAUGGCCUCAAAGAGUCCAGACGAGUGGAGGACUUUCAGAGUAAUCUCAUUACUUCUCUGCGGGAACACAUGUGUGGGAGUGGAUCAGAACCAAGCCGGACACACCCCAACUAUAUUUCCCGUCUACUGAGCAAACUCCCCGAGCUGAGGACUCUGUGCACUCAGGGACGGCAGCGCAUCUUCUACUUGAAACUGGAGGACCUGGUCCCUCCUCCACCGAUAGUGGAGAAAAUUUUUAUGGAUUCGCUGCCAUUCUGAACACAAAGCGACCUGUGACAUUUAAACGUGUUUAUGAUGAACUCUAACCAGCCAGAAAGCACACAGACUUUUGGACUGAUGCGUCUUCUGAGACAUCUACUGAAAAAAACGUUGUUUUUAUUUGUUGCUUUAAGUUUGAGGAUUUACCGCAAAAUGCUCUUUAGCACUACAAGAGAGUGCUGAACUCGGCAUUUCAGGACUUUAUCUUUUCUACAUAUAAUGUGUGCAAUUGUAAAAUGACUGUUGGUGUGCUUGAUGUGUGAAUGUUGUCUAGCUCUGCAGCUUCAAAGAUGUGAAUCCUUUGGCAAAAAUGAUGCAGCGCUCCAGAAAGCUUUAAGAAAAACACUAAUUUCUUUAAAAGCAUGGCUUCAAAGCGCCUUAACAGAAGCUAAGAAAGUGGAAUAUUUCAGGAGAAAAUGGGCAGAAUCUCAUUUUUCAUUCAUGUUUGCUGAUGUCUUUCUAACACAAAACAUACGUAUGAUCUAAUGUUGGGCUCCUGUGGAAGGUCGUGGACCAAAGUUUAGCAAAGCUUUAUUUUGUUGCAAACCUUGUUGCCUUAAGCAGAAGAAAACCAAUUCUGUACUGUAAUUCUGAAGCAGCUUGCAAAAAAGUAAUGCUGGUUAAACUCUUCUCUGUAAAAACACAACUUUUGUGCCUUUUUAAAUUUAAACAGGACCUGCUGAACAAAAAUACACAGUGCCUUUUAAAAAGACUUUGUCAAUGAACCACAUUAGCUGAGUGAAUUUUCAUUCCGAACGGCAUAAGAUUGAAUUGUUCAGAGAUCAUUUUUAUUUCAGAACCACUGUUCUUUUUUAUUUAAAGUUCCUAAAGGACAUGUUUACUCUGCUGUGCACUGACCUGUGAGAAUCAAGUCCUUUUCUCUCACUUCAGUGACUGACACACACACAUCCUUGGAUCCAAACAGAUCUAAGCAGAUAGUUGCCUCUUCUCACCACAAAAACAUAGAGCACGCCUUUAUUUUGUAGGAAACACAAAAACACAACAAGCAAACACUUCUGACUUAACUUUUUCUGUCUUCCUCUCCUUCAUUGUGUGUUUAUUUUGUUUUCAUGCUAACUGAAAAUGAAACGUUAGAAAAUGAAAUUAAGAUCUGAUGAUGGCGAUGAGCAGCUACACCUUUUUUCUCUUGCUGUAUGUUCUCUGUUUUGGAGCCUUUUGACAUAUUUUGUUUUAAAAACACUAAAACACUUGAUAUUAAAGUUUUUUUUAAUGCAUCUUUAACAGAUUCUACUUUUGUUUUUGCAUUUAUUGUUAAUAUUUAUUGAUAAGUUGUUAUAUGAUUGUAAUGAUCAGCUGGGUUCUCUCCCUUUGCUGCAUAGUGAAAUGCAAAUCAUAAAUUUGUUGCAUUUGCAUUUCAAAGUGAAAUAACAAUACAUGAUAUGAGCAUU